AUGUUUGAUGAUGCUAAAGGCAUAUUCCAACAUAUGUGCAUAGGUUUUAACACUGAGUAUGACACAGUUAUUGUCCAGGAGAGCAUUGAAAAGCUGUCUAAGCUUAUCCAGAAGGCUUCAGAUGUUGAUCUGUCUUUUGACAUACCGGAAGAAAGUGAAGAGGUGGUGAACAACAUGAGAAGUAUGUCUGGCAGGUCCCCCUUUACUGUUGCCUUCAGGACAGUCCAGAAUGUGGCCAUGGAGAACUACAUAGUCAUGCCUAAUGACAGUAAAAAAAACAAAUAUUUUUGCCCAACAGUGUUACAGACCCUUUUUGAUACAUACCUGGAAAUUUUUCCAAUGUGGAGUGGAGUGUGCCUUGGAGAUCUGUCACGGCAUUCUUCUGUUAAUGGCUCUUUGGCCUCCAGGGAGCAAACUCGGGACACAAACUGUCAUGUUGAAGCAUGGUUUGGGAUAGUUAAACAUUCCAUCCUGCAACAGAAGAGAAAGAUGAGGGUAGCAGAUUUCAUUCGCAAAAUGUAUACCUCUUUGAAAGGGAGAUACACUGAGCACAUUCUAAAACUGGACAUGCCCAUAAAGCUUCAGACCAGAUGUCUAAAAACAGGGAAGAUAGAAACAAAAGAGGAGCAAUGGCAUAAAAGACAAUUGCAAAACACACCUAAAACCAGGUCAAAAUAUUACAACACACCAAGUAAACUCCCAGUUCCCAAAGGCAAGAAAGCACAGAAAAAGAAAGAGAAAAAGCCAGGCCCUGAAGAAUCACCUGGAGGUGCAGAACUGCAGCCUGGCAGAGAGGAAGACAGGAACAACAAUUCUGUCACUGUAGAACAAGAUGGAGAAUGUAGAGAUGAGGUGUCCAAAGGGUCGGAAUGGUGCAUAGAUUGUGCAGCAGAGGAGGAAAAAACUGCCUUAACUACAAAAGCAAGGGUGAAUCAGCUAUUCUCCAAAAAUGGAGGAGAGGCUAUUGUGUCUGUGGUCACUUCGAGGGAUCACUCUGUGUCUCAUGUAUUACGUGCUACAGAGUUCCAGUCACUUGGCCCAAAUGAGAACAUUUAUGGAGAG